GCAGGAGGAGGGCCAGCAGGACAGGAGCCUUUGAAGAACGCGCAGCAGCGUCCCCAGGGCUGGGGUCAGGCCAGGUCGCUGGCCAGGCGGGCGGCCGCCAGCAGCAUGAGCAGCCCGGCGCUCCUGAGGAGGAAUUCUAGCAAACAGGGCCUGGAGAACCUCCUGAGGCUCACCACCCAGUGGAGUGUGGAGGAUGAAGAGGAGGCUGCCCGGGAGCGGCGCCGGCGGGAGAGGGACAGGCAGCUGCGGGCCCAGGACGAGGACGGAGAUGGCCAGUCCCCCGAGCGGCAGGAGCAGGAGAAGCUCCUCAGCCUGAAGCCCACAGAGGCCCCUGAACUGGAUGAGGAUGAGGGUUUCAGCGACUGGUCCCAGAAGCCAGAGCAGCGGCAGCAGCACUUGGGAGCCGGGGAGACCUCGGACGGCGGAGAGUCCCCUCAGGGCAAGAGUCCGGAGGGGGAGCAGGAGGAAGACAGGCAACAUGCCCAUGGGCACGAGGACAGUGAUGAGCUGAGCCAAGCCGGAGUCUGCCUGGAGGAGUUGCAUCUGAGCCCCAGCUCAGAGCCCCAGGAGGAGACAGAGCCCAGGGGCCCAGAGGGGACUGUCCAGGGCAGCCAGGUGCUGGCAGAGGCUGAGGAAGCAGAUGAGCAGCACGAGAAACACCAGCAGCCCAGGACACCCAGCCCCUUGGUCCUGGAGGGGAGUACGGAACAGGGCUCACCUCCCCUGAGCCCCAGCACCAAACUCAGCGACAGAACCGAGUCCCUGAACCGCUCCAUCAAGAAGAGUAACAGUGUGAAGAAGUCCCAGCCAGCCCUGCCCAUCUCCAAGAUUGAUGAGCGUCUGGAGCAGUACACUCAGGCCAUCGAGACUGGCCGGACCCCCAAGCUAGCCCGCCAGCCCUCCAUUGAGCUGCCCAGCAUGGCUGUGGCAAGCACCAAGAGCCGGUGGGAGACGGGAGAGGUGCAAGCUCAGUCCGCUACCAAGGCCCCCUCCUGCAAGGAUAUUGUAGCUGGAGACAUGAGCAAGAAGAGCCUCUGGGAGCAGAAAGGAGGCGCCAAGACCUCAUCAACAAUUAAGAGCACCCCAUCUGGGAAGAGAUACAAGUUUGUGGCCACCGGACAUGGAAAGUACGAGAAGGUGCUCGUAGACGAGGGCUCGGCGCCCUAGGCCCCCUUCUCGGUGAGUCCAGGGCAACGGCUGGAGCAUGAUGCAUUGUGCCUGAAAUGCGCCAUUCUGGGAGUGUGGCGGGGUGGACAGGGCCUACUUGUCCAUGUCACAGGCUGUCAGGGCAGCCUGAGAGGGCCGGAUGCCCAGUCUCGGAGCCAGCCAGAACCCAGCCUCCACUCGGUCUCCCAGCCCCUGCAGACUCGC